AUGGCGCGGCUCGUUCUCCUCCAUGUGACGCUCGUUUACGUUCUCUCUCUCCUCUCUUAUGGCGCGGUUCUGGCUCAAACACCCACAGAGCCGUCUAACACCAGCUCACAGACCACUCCCGACGUUAAUGCCACGGAAGAGUUCACCUCCAGUCCCACUGACGGCUCCACUGUGGACACCCCGGGGACCACCCCACCGUCCGCGGUUACUGACGCCCCCGCGGUCCUGCCUCUGGACGAACAUGGAUGUCUGUGCGACCUGACCUCUGGGUUCUGUGACAUCGGCUGCUGCUGCGACACUGAAGAUUGUGGUGUUGCCAACUUGAGCACCGUCUUUACUGGAUGUCCACAGAAAGCAAAAUCUGGAGUCUGUGUCGAGAAAUGGUUGAUGUUUCGGGCAAACGUGGAUUCCUCUCAUGUCUCCGUCACCGACUCUCUGUUCUGUGUCCAGCCUGCAGUUAAAUCUGUUUCCAUUAGAGAGGCCUCACCUACAAACCCUGCCUUGGGACUGUCUUACCACUUCGAUCCCCCAGAACAAAUGGCAAACACUUUCACCAGAGACUUUUACCGGGUCGAUGAUGUCAUACUCGCAUACUAUCCCCUGACAUCAUCUCGGGGUCUCCUUCGUCAGCCGUCCCCCGGUGCUGCGUCUGCUUUAUGCAACAAUCGCAAUCCUGCAAAGUUCUUGAGGUCUUCCACUUUCUCCUGUUCUCGUGUGAUAUCUGCUCAGUCCUGCAUCACGGACCCCGCCCUCAACGCCCGGUCGUACAUCCACGAUCUGAACUUGAUCAAGCAUCCCAUUCUCCCUACAGAUCCAGUGACUGACCUUCUCAUCCCGGUCAUGCCAUCGUCAAACUGGACUGCACCGAGCGAACGAAACAACUCCUGUCUCAAUGUGGUGAAAAGGGUAAACGUUGUCAUUGGUUACACCGAGCGAGGAGAGAUAUCGUCCGCAAACGUCGAUAUUGUUGUUGUUAACGUGGAUCUGGAACAGUUGCUGCUGCAGACACACGCCGUGCAAUUUCAGCUCAUCACACAAACACCUCCAGCACCAAGAGCCCUAACAGCUGCCGUGGGACUCAAACCGGGAUCUCUGGUCUUUGGACGCCAUUUUGAGGAUGUGAAACCUCUUACUGUUGUUGGCGUGUCCCACACUGGAGAAUGCUCUGACACACACGCGAGAAAAUCCAUUCUCUUUGGACACAACUCAAUAAGUGGUUGCUCGUUUACCUCCACUGCUCAAAACUGUUCAGAUUUGCGCACUGAGAUGUACAACAUUCAUCGUGGUGCUGCUAUCCCGGACUCCGUGGCCAUGAACUCUGGGGCAGAACCGGACUGGACGAGGGUCAUCGCUGAAGAAUGCCUCGUUAGUCCCCAGGAGUCUUGUGACACCGGCUGCACGCUUCCACACUCCCUCUCCGUCCGAGUGCUUUGGGCUCGACAAGGACUUCUGGAACUUCCCCACGCCUACAUCCUGGGCGUCAAAUAUGUGUUCCACUGCGGCGUCUUCAAGUGUCCUCUCACAGAAGCUCUGGCUCUGUCCAAUCAAGUGACGUUUGUCGACACGACUCUUCACCCGGACCUCCCACGAGGAGAACCUCAGCUGCACUGGAGAUUUCCAUUUGGUUUUUUCACCAGAGGCAUCGCUGAGGUCGAUGGACACGGUUCUUUCAGUUGA